UUAAAUAUGUCAAACCAAAAAUUGACGUGAAUGGAGGACGUGUGUCUGUGAAUACCUACUGAGUACGACGGCAAAGUCGUUUUAAUUCGGCUACUUAAAAUUAGUGCAUUGAUUACGUUUCACAUGAUAGAAUUUACCAAAACCAAGCAAUCAAAACCCUAUAUAAAAGACAUUGUGACUUAAUAACAGUGCAAAUAUCGCAAUGGGUAAAGCUAAGAAGGGAAAGAAACUGCAGAAUGCCGAGGACGGCGACAGCGACGUGGAAACCACUAACAUCGAGAGCGUGAAACCUUCGCAAACUAAAGGAAAGAAAAUUGCAGUAGAUUCUGAUGAGAGUGAGGAUGAAAAGCCUAAAGCUAAAUCAAAGCACAAGAAGUCGGUAGAUGAAGAUGUCAAGGAAGUCACAAAGAAUAUUAAAAAUGUUUCAAUAUCUAAGAAGUCUCAAAAGAAGAAGGCUGAAGCAAGCAGUGAAGACGAGUCUGAUGAUGAACCGCUACCAAAAUCAGGCAAAGGAAAGAAGGCAGCGGAUAAAAGUGCUUUCUCCUUCUUGGAAAUAGAGGAUUCGGCUGAGUCGUUACCCGAUGCUGCUAUUUCUUCCGAAGAUGAAAAAUCUCAAAAACCACAGAAAAAGGCUCAAGAAAAAAAAGAACCCGCCGGCAAGAAAGGUAAAAAAGCCAAAAGGAAGAAGGAUGAUAGUGAUGAUGACUUAGAAAAGGUACUUGCUGAACUAGAAAUGGAGUAUGCUGGAGUCAAGAAGGAACCUACACCACCCACUGAAGGAGAAAAACCGGUUGAGCCUGUUGAAGAGAAACCUAAAUCCAAGAAAAAGGGUCAAAAAGAGGAAACCAAAGUAGAACCUGAAGAAGAAAACGAAGGCAGUGAUAAUGAACUUGAUGUGACAAUCAAGACGGCUGCCCAGAAAAAGAAGGAAAAAAAAGAAAGGGAAAAGCAGAAAAAAUUAGAAGCCAAGAAAAAGGAACAUGAAGGCAAGAAAGAAGAGCCUAAAGUGGAAGUUAAAGAUGAAAAGAAGGAAGAAGUUAAGACUGAGGAACCAGCUAAGGCACCAUCUGAAGAAAAAGAAGGUGGAGACACACCUGCUACAGAAGGUAAAAAGAAGAAGAAAGGUAAAGGCAAAGAAGAAAAAGAGGAAAAAGAUGACAAAGGUAAAAAAGGUCCUGCUAAAAAAACUAUUGCUGCUAUGCAGGAAGCUCUUAAGAAAAUUAAAGAAGAGGAGGAACGCUUAAAGAAAGAAGAAGAGGAAAGGAUAAAACAGGAGGAGGAACGUGAGCAGCAAAGACUUGAAGCUAUUAGAUUAGAAAAAGAGCGCAAAGAAAGGAAAAAACAGAAGGAAAAGGAUCGCAAAGAGCGUCUUAAAGCCGAAGGGAAGCUGCUAACACCUAAACAGAAGGCAGAGAAAGCCAGAGCUCAAGCUAUGCUGGAGUCUCUGAAAGCACAGGGUAUUGAAGUAGGUGGGUCUGAGAAGAAACCACCAAGGCCUGGCACGAGGGUCAAACCUACGAAGCUCAAGAGUCAGAUGUCGCAGGAUACUCCGUCGACGCCACAGGAGGAGAAGAAAGUUGAAUUGGAGAUUGUAGAUAAAAAGGAGGAACCUAAAAAACAGGAAAAGAAAGAAGAAGAGGAAGGCAUCAAAGACUCAUGGGAUGCGGAGUCCUCCGAAGAGGAACCGGAGCCGGAACCGCAGCCCGAGCCCGCCAAGCCUGCCCCCGCCCCUGCUAAGGAAAAAACACCCGCCAAGAGAGUGGAAGAAGAUGACAGCUCGUCCGAGGAAGAAGAUAGUUCAGACGAAGACUCCAGCUCUGAUGAGGAUUCUGAUGAUGAAGGGAUGACCGAUGCCCAGAAAAAGAGAGAGCUUAUCUUGAAGAGAUUAGAGAAACGCAAAGAAGAGAACGAGUUAAACAAACAGAAUAACCCUCUCCGCGCGGCCGUCGUCUGCGUACUCGGCCACGUCGACACCGGAAAAACGAAAAUUCUGGACAAACUUCGUCGGACCAACGUCCAAGACGGCGAAGCUGGGGGCAUCACACAACAGAUAGGCGCUACUAAUGUGCCUAUUGAGAAUAUUAAGGAGCAAACGAAACAUGUUAAAGGGGUUAACGAGAUCGCGUUCAAACUUCCCGGCCUGCUCAUCAUCGACACGCCCGGCCACGAGUCCUUCAGCAAUCUGAGGAACAGAGGCUCCUCGCUCUGUGAUAUCGCCAUCUUGGUGGUAGACAUUAUGCACGGUCUAGAGCCUCAAACAAUAGAAUCCAUAAACCUACUCAAACAAAAGAAGACUCCGUUCAUAGUAGCCCUCAACAAAAUAGAUCGUCUAUACGACUGGCAAAGCGCUCAACGUAAAGACGUUCGAGAUAUAUUGAAAAUGCAGGCUACUAAUACGCAGAUCGAGUUUGAGAAGCGAAGCAAGGAUGUUAUGCUGCAGUUUUCUGAACAGGGUCUAAACGCAGCGCUGUUCUACGAAAACCCCGACCCCCGUUCAUACGUCUCUCUGGUCCCCACUUCGGCGGUGACGGGCGAGGGCAUGGGCAACCUCCUGGCGAUGAUCGUGCAGGCGUGCGAGGGGCCCUUGCACAAGAGACUGGUGUUCUCCCAACAGCUAUUAGCUACAGUUCUUGAGGUGAAGGCGAUCCCCGGUCUCGGAACGACGAUCGACACGAUUCUCAUCAACGGAACCCUUCGGGAAGGCGAUACUAUGGUUCUCGCGGGCACAGACGGUCCGAUUGUGACCCAGAUCCGAUCGCUGCUCAUGCCGCAACCUAUGAAGGAGUUGAGAGUCAAGAACGCGUAUAUGGAGUACAAAGAAGUAGUAGGAGCGCAGGGGGUGAAGAUCGCUGCUAAGGAGCUUGAAAAAGCCAUCGCGGGUUUGAAUCUGCUCGUGGCGCAGAAACCUGAUGAGAUCGACGUCUUGAAAGAAGAAGUGGCUCGUGAGCUGAAAUCCGCUCUCUCUUCAAUAAAGCUGUCUGAGCGCGGCGUGUACGUACAAGCCUCCACUCUAGGCUCGCUAGAAGCACUUUUAGAGUUCCUACGGACCAGUAAGAUACCUUACUCGGCCAUCAGAAUAGGACCGGUGGUAAAGCGUGACGUCAUGAAAGCAUCCGCCAUGUUGGAACACGACUCUCAGUGGGCCACCAUUCUAGCGUUCGACGUAAAGAUCGAACGCGACGCACAAGAAAUGGCGGACAACGUAGGCGUGAAAAUAUUCGCCGCCGACAUCAUUUACCACUUGUUCGACAAGUUCACAGCUUAUAGGGAAGAACUGAAACAGAAGAAGAGAGAAGAAUUCAAGCAUAUAGCUGUGUUCCCAUGCAAAAUGAGGGUGUUACCCCAGUUCGUGUUCAACUCUCGCGACCCCAUCGUGUGCGGCGUGAUGAUCGAGGGCGGCAUCCUUAAGGAGGGGACUCCUAUCUGCGUUCCCAGCCAAGAGUUCGUGGAGCUCGGCAUCGUGACAUCAAUAGAAAGUAACCACAAGCAAGUAGAAACGGCGCGGAAGGGCCAAGAGGUCUGCAUCAAGAUCGAACCGAUACCGGGCGAGUCGCCCAAAAUGUUCGGCCGACACUUCGACGAGACGGACAUGCUAGUCAGCAAGAUUUCGCGCGCGAGCAUUGACGCUUGCAAGGAUUACUUCCGCGACGACCUCAUCAAGACCGACUGGCAGCUCAUGGUGGAGCUCAAGAAACUCUUCCAGAUCCUCUAGACCUUCGACCAGAGCUCACUCUCGGUAGACCUUCACAAACAACAGAGCUCUCGGAGUAAGACGCAACGUUGGCCGUCUUAUCGUCUGUUCCAUCUACAUCGUUCUCAAAAUCCUCUUUUUACUGAACCGGUCAAAAUUACGCGGGUUACUGUAGACUGUUUUAUUGAAUAACUGUUACAAACAGGCCUAGUGUGUCUGAGUGACAACUAUGGAAGCAUGACUAUAAAUGGUGCAUAGACCCUGGAACUAUAGAAAUCGGAAAUGUUUGGUCUGUUUUUGAAAAGGCUUAGGGUCUCCCCACACCUAUCGACGCAGAAUCGGCAAUAGACGAUAGAAAAAGCUUUGUGUCUACCCAAUAACAGCGAAAAUGACGUCGACGCGUGGUCAGGCGUCGGCCGAGCCGAUUUGAGCCGACCGACGUAUUUUCGCUCUUAUUGCGUGGACAUAAAGCUUUUUUUCUAUAGGCUUUUGACGAUUCCGAGUGAUAUAUGUGGGGAGACCCUAAGACUAUAGCGGUUGUGGCUUGACUCGUAAAAUUACAAAACUGUUGCCCGUGGGUUGAUUGUUUCAGUUGAAUAAGUCCACCGUAUCCGUUGUAUCAUAGAAUCUCAACUUAAAUAGUAACCCAUCCCGUACUAUAGCGAUUUCAAUUUUUUUCUCCAAAAUUUUCGUGUCUCUGAACUUUCUUAUAUUUUAUUUAUUAAAAUUGUGAGAACAUUUAAUUUGGGCAAUUAAAAAUAUGUCCCUCAUUAUGAAAAUUAAAUUUCUGGUUUGUCACGCGUAUUUAAAAGUAAAGUUCAUACAAAAACGUGACGUAGUGGAAAAGACGAUUUGGGACAAUAUUGUCAAGAUGGGCGUUAAGAAUUCUAUGCAUGAAAAAUAAAAACAAAGUUAGUUAUGAAAUAUUAAGUUUUUCGAAAAAAAAAAUGGAAAUAGCUGAUUUACUUAUACGUAGACUUUUCGUACAAAAUAAUUACAUGUACAUUGUUUUAUAAUCUAUUUACUGCCAUUUAAAAGCCAUUUAACAUUAAUAACAUUGAAACAUCUUGUUAUAAGUGGUUAUUGUAAAUAUAAAUGAGACAUUUAUGAUACAUACAUCAUAUUUUAUUUAUUUGCCUUUUCAACCUUUGGUACUUUUAUUUCUGAACGUGAAUAAGUGUUGACUCGGAAAUUUUAAUUUAUUUUUUGUAUUUUAGCAAUGAAAUCCGUUAAAUAACUCUUGUGAUUUUAGGGUUGGGUAUUUUAAUUUUGAGAUGUAUCGUGAAACCACCCAACUGUAGUACAAAAAAUACCAAAUACUUAUGUUCGAAAACUAACUUGAACAUCUUCGUUCAGGUAGGUUAUUUGAGGCAAUUCUGAGGCAAAACAUUUUCACAAAAGGAUGAAAAACUCAAGCAAACCCAAAAAGGAGGUUGGUAUUUAUACUUUAUAGAACUUGCGGACCAUAGGUUGUAGUACUGGGCUACAGUUGGGUGUAAGUAUUACGGUACCUACUAACCGCAACAUAAUGGCCAUGGGUAGGUAUACCUUAUCUUGUUGCAAAUGGUUUGACAAUCGCAAAACACCCUUUAAAAUGGUCCCAUUUUACAUGAAGAUGCCCUCCUACUGUUCAUUUACCUGUGUCAUUUUCUGGCAUGUGUGUUUAAUGUGUUUUUAUAAAAUCCCCUGUAUAUAUCCAAUAUAAAUGUUACAAUAAAUAAAAAGCGAUCUUAUGAAGUGUCUGAUCAUAACUUAUUUCCAGUACUUACCUAAUCGUGCAAUACGCGAUCUCAUCGUGAAAUUGUUUUUGUGUGGCAAUAUCUUUUCUGGGAAGUUGUACUGUACACUAUACUUUUUAAAUUUAUGUAAUUUGUAUGUAAUCUUUAUUCAGAAUCACGAGUUUCUUCGAUGCUAUUACGAAAAAAGUCCUAAAAUUUCCAUACAUUUUUUGGUAACGGAAUGGAAGUAAAACAAAUUGGGGAUUUUUUUUCUUCUAGGAUCGAAAAAGCUCGUGAUUUUGAGUACAAAUAGCAUAAAGAUGUCUAAGUAAAAAAAAGUUGUAUACUACACUUUAACCUUUUCGACGCCGCGUCAAACACAAAAGAUGUCCCUCGGACGCCACGUCACCGAAGUGUCAAAACUGAAAUUGAACAUUAUGCAUAUAUGCACGUAAGUCUAUGUUGUUCCGUGGUCUGUGACCGAUUAAUCGGUCUUUGGCGUUGGACAUGCGGUGCGGAUAUAUCGGUCAUUGACGUCCAAAAGGUUAAAUAAAAUCGCCCUUCUACGGUGCCUCUGAUUCUAACGUAGUGCCAGUUUUAUAAAUCGAUGUCUAUUUAUAAAGAUAUUCCUAUGAUUAAGCAGAUGGAGAGUUGGCGUUUUCCAAAAAAAUACUGAAAGCCUGAUUCUUACAAAUCUCGAGUUUCUUGGGCUCAUUCUACUCAGAAUCGUCAGCAUUCUCUACCCUACCUUUAAAAAAUAUGUUGUAAAUGUAAAAUGUCCGUUCCAUUACGUCACGUUUUCACGCGUGACGUGGUGGAAAGUAAAAUUUCUAUACGCAUUUUGGGACAUUUUAGCAUCAGGAUUGAAUAUGCUAGUGAUGUGAUUUUGAGUUGGAAGAACCCAAAAAGAUCAGGGUCUGUGAGAUUCAGGUUUUCAAUAUUAUUUUUUGGAAAUCGCUCAGUUAUUUGGUAUUACGAGUUUUGAGUCUGAAUUUGAAAAACUCGAUUUAGUUUUACUAGAGUCUGUGCGGAAAGAGAAGAGUCGUGUAGCUCUGUUAGUUAAAAGUUUGUCUCUUUCUAUUAAACAAUACAACACAACAAUAAUAUACCUAUAUAUGAAAUUGCGUUUUAACUAUAAGUUAGACUUGAAUAAACUACUUAGGGCCACUUGCACCAUCCCACUAACCCGGGGUUAACUGAUUAAACCUGGUGUUACCAUGGUUACCAGUACAAUUUGACACUGGGUUAACGGUUUAACCGGUUAACCCCAGGUUAGUGGGAUGGUGCAAAUGGCGCUUAGACUACUAGUUAGACUUGAGUUACUCUAGUAUAAAAUACUAAGUCGAGUUUUAAAGACUUAAAAACUUGAGUCUGCCGGCGCCAGAGGAGCACUAUCAAUUAAAUGUAUGCUGGGAGGUAGAGGUCGCCUAUUGCGGUAGACUCCGUCUGAGCUAACAGUCCAUCGACUAUGAAGUGACAGUUGGAAAGUGCUACUAUAAAUGUCAGUUUAGUUCUUUAAAAAAAUUGUCUCCAUCAAAUUUAUGAUGAUUUCGUCAAUAUCAUAGUGUGCUCGUAGAGUUCGUUCGGUAGUUGAUUUUAGUAAAGCGAUAGCUGGCAAAUAAACAGCAAAAAUAUCUUGCCGGGGUUGACUGAAGAAUGGUUAAUCGCGUAUCCAGAUUAUUUUUCAUUAGCCAUGUUAUUAGUUCACUGCAUAAUAAAAUAUUAAUAUUACACUUUAAACUAAAUUAAUGAGCAAAGAACAAAAAAAUAUUCUCGACACGACUUCACCAUUCGUCAUAUUUUCGUAAGAUGUGGCGUUUAUGGUGGCCUUAUCACUCUGUCACUGCAAAGUCUAUAAAUUAGCUUAGACGAGCGUUUUCUGAAAAUAAAUUUAUUGAAAUCAGAUUCUUACAGAUCCUGAUCUUUUUGGGUUCUUCCAACUUAUAGAAUCACUAGCAUUCAAUCCUGAUGCAAUAUUAGUCCCAAAAAUUUGUAUGGAAAUUUUAGUUUUCAUAAAUCAUAACCAUACAUAAUCGUAGUUUUCACUACGUCACGUACACACAAGUGAAAAUUUUCACACUAAAAUGUGACGUAAUGGAACGAACAUUUUAGUUUUGUUGUGGUAGGAUGGAGAAUGCUGACGAUUCUGAGUGGAAUGAGCCCAAGAAAGUCUAGAUUUGUAAGAAUCUGGUUUUCAGCAUAAGUAUUUUUUUAAGAAAACGCCCAAUCCACUCUAGUUGUCUCUCUAGGAACAGGGAAAACAAUGGUACAGAGGUUGUAUUAAACAUGUAGGUAUUUCCCUCUUUAAAAUGCUUUGUAUUAUAUAGAUGGAAUCGGACAUAUUCUUAUAUUGAAGAAAUUAUAUUAAAUUAUGAAAAUUAA